UUUGCCCAAAAUAGUAGUUGUGAAGCAUUGCUUUUCUUUUAGUUACCUUUACCAGAAUUGCCAGAUGAUACUGUUAACUUGUUAACAUUGAUAGUUUCUUUAUAUUGUUUAACAUCCCCCAGUCAAAUAUUAAUCAAGGUGCAUUUGCUCGAGAAGUAUAGCUCAAUGAUAUCUUUGCAUCUUCUUUUUAAUUAGCUAUCUGGUGAUGUUUCAUAGGAUUAAUCAGUUUCUGAUAUUUUUAUAUUCAAACUUUGGGAUAAUUUGCUUAAGUAAGCAUUAGCUCCAAAACUUAGUCCCUUCCAUGGGUUUCCUAGACUUGGCAGGUCAGUUUUUCUUUGGUGGAUGACUUCACAGGUCAAUCAUUCUACUGGGAUCCCACCCUGCUUUCCAGUUAAGAAAUCCUUUCAUACAGACAGAAAGACUCAGCAAUGGGAUGGAUGUUCAGACACCAGAAAGGUGCUUGUGUUAGACAGAAAUUUCCACAUUUUCUGGAGUGAACUUAGUGUAUGCAACUCGUGCUGGAGUAACAUCCCUGGUGACUGAAUUCUUCUGACUACAGAACAUAUACUGUACAGCAGUGAUGAUAGCAGUAGAGAGAGAGAUCUUCAGCAAUGUUGUCUCUUUUUCUCUUCUCUGGGAUCCCCUUGAUUGAAGAGAUCGACUGUACUUGAAAACUCACAGAAAGCUUUGUCAUUUCCAUAUAUCUCAACAGCAUUUUACAUGAUUUUGUUUUGUUAUCGGUAUGAAGAGGAUCAAGGAAACAGUUAGAUAUGAAAAUCCCAUUCUUCAAGCACUAGAAAGAAGGAAAAAACAGAAAACUGGUUUUUGUAACUCAAUGUUUGCUGCAUCUCAUUCUUACAACUUUAUUGACUGGGGAAGCCUGCCAAUCCAUAUAGUUUUGCAAAUCUUUCAGUGUCUGCCUCUUGUUGAUCGUGCUCGGGCAUCUUCAGUUUGCCGGAGAUGGAAUGAAGUAUUUCAUAUCCCUGAUCUUUGGAGAAAGUUUGAAUUUGAGCUUAAUCAGCCUGCUACUUCUUACUUAAAGUCUACUCACCCUGAUCUUAUCCAGCAGAUUAUCAAGAGACAUGCUGAUCAUUUGCAGUAUGUAAGCUUCAAGGUUGACAGUAGUACUGAGUCUGCAGAAGCAGCAUGUGACAUUCUUUCUCAACUGGUGAAUUGUUCUAUCAAGACACUUGGCUUAAUUUCAACAGCAAAGCCAAGUUUCAUGGACGUUUCUAAGGCUCAUUUUGUAUCAGCGCUGACAGUAGUGUUCAUCAAUUCCAAGUCAUUGUCUUCCGUUAAGAUUGAAGACACACCAGUAGAUGAUCCAUCCUUGAAGGUCCUUGUUGCUAACAAUAGUGAUACUUUAAAAUUGCUUAAAAUGAGCAGCUGCCCUCAUGUGUCACCUGCUGGAAUUCUCUGUGUUGCUGACCAGUGUCACGGCCUUAGGGAGUUAGCUCUUAAUUACUAUCUACUAAGUGAUGAAUUGUUGCUGGCUCUUUCAAGUGAGAAGCAUGUUAAUCUGGAACAUCUCCGUAUAGAUGUUGUAAGUGAGAAUCCUGGACAGACCGAAUUUCACACCAUCAAAAAGCAAAGUUGGGAUGCGCUCAUUAAGCACUCCCCUAAAGUCAAUAUUGUGAUGUACUUUUUCCUGUAUGAGGAAGAGUUUGAUGUAUUCUUCAGGGAGGAAACUCCUGUAACUCAUCUUUACUUUGGCCGCGCAGUAAGUAAAGCAAUGCUUGGCCGUAUUGGAUUGAACUGCCCAAGGCUUAUUGAACUGGUUGUCUGUGCUAAUGGUCUUCAACCUUUGGAUGAUGAACUAAUUCGCAUUGCUGAACGUUGUAAGAAUUUAACUGCCAUGGGACUUGGCGAAUGUGAAGUUACCUGUCGAGGUUUUAUUGAAUUUGUAAAGAUGUGUGGGGGCAGACUCACACAACUAUCCAUCAUGGAGGAAGUCCUUAUUCCAGAUAGUGACUAUAACCUGGAUCAAAUUCAUUCUGAAGUUUCCAAACAUCUUGGAAGAAUGUGGUUCCCUGAUAUGAUGCCAACAUGGUAAACUGUCCAAGCCAUAAGACUAUAAUGGUCAGACCUGGCUGUACAGGGUGUUGAUUUCUAUGCAGAUAAGGAAUUCUGAAUAUGAGAUAUAAUACUGAAUUAUUGUCUUCUGUACUUAAUUAUGUACAGAAUACCAUGCCGCUUCAGAAAUGGAAUAUAGAACGUACUGAAGUAUAUGGAUUGCAAGUAUGUGUCUUAACUAAUAAAUAC